GCUCGCUACGUUUAUAUGUUUUGUAGAUCUCUUCAAACGUUACCGUAAAGCAACCGAAAAUGUCGUAACGUGAUAGACGUUAGGCUAGCAGACGUGAGUCCUCUCUAGCUGGAAAAGUUGUCAGCAAAUUUUAAGCUAACUAUGGAUGUUCUACGACCCCCGGUUAUCAACAUAAACGGCAGAAUUUAUCGAAGGAAUAUAGUUAAGGAAGAACAUUAUGAAGAAGAAGAUUUCUCGUACGUGGGGCCAUCGGAGAGUAAAGAUCUGGCAGAGGGUGAAAGCUGCGAUAGCCACUUCAUUGAACAGACAGACAAGGGAUACCAUUGUGCCAUUGAUGUCCCAAGUGUUCUUUACAAAUAUAUCAUUGGGAAAAAAGGAGAAACCCGUAGACGUCUGGAGUUUGACACCAAAACCUCUAUCAGCAUCCCAAAACCAGGAAUUGAAGGACAAAUCGUUAUCACGGGUGCCCAAAAAGCUGCUGUUUCCUCUGCAGUUACUCGAGUGGAGGUCCUUGUAGAGAGUUUCCGAAAGAAACAGCCAUUCACUCACUUCUUGUCUUUCCCUUUGAAUGACUCCAAAGUUCAAGACGGAUUCCAGACAUUUAAAGAUGAGGUGUUGCGACAGUUUUCACAGGAUCACGGAGUGGAGGAAAGCAUCUUUCAAAACCCUGUAAAGCUUCAUUUGACUAUUGGCACCCUUGCUUUGUUAAAUGACACAGAAGUGAGGAAAGCAUGUGAACACCUCCAAGAAUGCCAAACCUUCGUCAGGGACAUCGCUGAGGGAAAGCCUCUGCCGUUGGAGGUGACAGGUAUAGAGUACAUGAAUGAUGAUCCAGCCAUGGUGGACGUCUUGUAUGCCAAAGUCAAUGUUAUAGAUGGAACUGACAGGUUGCAGAUGAUUGCAGACCGGAUGGUGGAGUAUUUUGUCUCCGUGGGGCUGAUGGUCAGGGAGUGGGACAGAGUGAAGCUGCAUGGCACUGUCAUGAACACACUGUUCAGAAAGGACUCUACAGACUUAGGUGGAGCAGGAAAACAAACCACAAGUGAAAGAGAGGCCUUUGAUGCCAGAAACAUAUUAAAGAAAUUUGGUAAUUAUCGUUUCGGGGAGUUUGAGCUGAACACUGUCCAGCUGUCACAGAGGUACUCAACAGACUGUACUGGAUACUACUCAUCUGCUGGGAGCAUCAGCUUCUCCUGACCUUCAUCCUAGCUGGGUGUAAUAUUCUAAGGUGGGAAAGAUGGGAUGCUACUUCUGGAGCAGCAGAAAAUUGCAGUUCAUUUCCCUGUCCUCUAGGUGGCAGCAUUUAUAUGCUUAUACUGAUCAUAACUUCAGACCCAAUCUGCAGAAAACGUGAAAAACUUACAUCUGCAUAUAAUAUGUACCUCUGCUGCAUUCAUCCAUAUUUUUGACAUGGUCUAGAAGAUGGAAAAUAUUUUAUUUUCGCAGGAUCAGGAAUUGUUGACAUCAAAAGGAUUUCAUCAUUAACGGGCCCUAUCCUUGUUAGGUUAUGUUUUUUAAUUGUUUUGUAAUUUGUCACAUACAAAGGGACUUACCUUAAAUGGAUAAAAAAAAUACUCAAAUAUUUCUUACGCUAACAAAUACCGAAGGCGACCGUCUGAAUAGUUUGGAGAAGAAAAAACAUCACGUGUCAGAGAAGAAAGCUGUUUUUAGUUCUGGCUCACUAUUGUGUUAUCUUCACACCACUGAAUGUCAUAGCCCUGUGUAACACACUUCCUUUCACCUCGCUGAAUGUGUUAAUGCAUCACAGACAUGAUUUAUUACACUAACCAGUCUGUGUUUUUUUACCCCAUCCUUCUUUUUGAGAGCCCUUCCCACACAAACGGCUCCAACUUUGCUCCCACUGCCGUCUGUCGAAUGUGUCAUUGAAUACAGACGUCAGACAAAGAGCAGGGCUACUUGUCCAUGACAUUUUUUUUUUCUUGCUUUCCCCUCAGCUGGUGGUUCUCUCUGUUUAGCAUGCAGGAGUGUGAUUGCUAGGCAGCCAAAAGUUACACCAGUAACGUCUGAGGCCCCUCUUUGUUCACUAUGCCAUCCUUUGCUGCCUAUUUUAGCAGUGGCUUAAUUACUUUAUUUUUCCCCUCUUCUGUUAUUCUAUUCACAGUCAUGGACAUUUUGGCUCUUCAAAACGGCUUGGUUGCUACUAAGCUUAACCGUUCAGUGGCAUUUUCUUGGAAUAAAUCCCAUUUAUUCAGACAAACAAAGACACCUAAUUUUGCACACUUGCUCUCCAGCUUGUUUCUGGUUCAAGAGUUCACAUGUAUUGUAGCACCACUUCCAGGUAACACAUGUAUACAGUUUUUUUCACUUUUGGUUGAGUAAACAGAGCUCAGGAGCACACAAAGAGAAAAGAGGAGAGGCGCAUGAUUUGCAAUUUAAUUAAAUCUUUAAGAACUGUGUAUUCUUGUCUCUUUUUGGCAUGAUUAAAGAUGAGUUCCACAGAUGUCUGCACCAAAGAGGAAUUAGGGAUCAUGUUAUGCUUAAGCAAAGAGGCAAAGAUCUCAUUAUUUUAUUUAAAAAAGAGAUACUAUGUUCUGAAUUUGUGUUAUAUUUUAAUCACCUUCUCACACCUGGCUUUAUUUGUUGCAAAAAAUAAAGUAAAUGGAAUACAUGUCUCUGAAAAAGAAUUUUAAUAAAGUUUCAUUUGACAUUUGUAAAUCUUCUUUGCAGAAAAUCCUAAUUGUUCUACGUUGUGGUUUGGGAAGCGAGUUACCAGUAUCACAGUAUACCAUUUAGGGGAAUUUCUAAACCCCUUUUCCAAAUAUUUUAAGUUGUUUUUUUAUGAGAUUCCAAAAAGCGAUGACAGGGAUUUUCUCUGGCUGUUUGGACUGUAGAGUUAGGCAGAGCAGCCCCUUGCCCACCCAUUGCUGCACUGCAGGGCAGCUGGCUGAAAAAAAAUCUCCUACGUUUUCCCCAUGAUUGCAGGAAAGACAAAUGUAGCUAUUUGAAAAGAUGUCCAGUCAUGUGAAACAAAGACAGUAAGGGUGUGAAAACUAAAGGGGUGCAAAAACGUUUGUAAAACUACAGUUGGCAAGCAACAAGCAGCAGCCGACUACAGGCAUCAGCAGUCUACUGUGCUCCACCCGAGCAGAUGGCCCAGCUAAUUAACAAGCUAAUACAAGCUUGGUAUUCUUGUGGUAUUCUAUGAAGAGCAGAACAACAAAAAGGGAUGAUAUUCUGCACAAUUAGCAUUUUUAACAAACACAAAGUGUUGUGUCCGGUAAUUUAAUAUUUAUUUGCUAUUGUCUAUGUUUUAAAAUCACAAUAAAAAUCAAAAUGCUAUAGUUAACUACAAACUUUCAUUUACUGCAAUUAGCCAUUGUAGUGACAAUUGUUUCUGUUGAAUAAAAGCAGUUUGGCCAUGUUGUACA